UGCAUUUCAUCGGUCUAAUUCUUCUUUGCCGUUUGAAAUGGCUUCCUUCUCUUCUCGUACCAUGUUCAGCCUCAUUCACCGUAUUACAGUUUUCCUCACAUUUUCUACUACUCAUUCAGUACUCGAUUGCUACACGUCCAUCUUCAGCUUCGGCGAUUCACUUGCCGACACUGGCAACUCAGUCCGCGAAUCGAUUUACACCAGCUACGUGGGCAAUUUCCCCUAUGUAGAGACGUACUUCCAUCGUCCCACUGGUCGGUACUCAGAUGGACGGCUGAUCGUCGACUUCAUUGCCGAAGAGCUCGGACUUCCAUAUCUGCCUCCAUAUCUUGGGUCUUCUAGCGACAGUAAUUUCAGACAAGGAGUGAAUUUUGCGGUUGGAGGAGCUACGGCACUCGAUGCUGCCUUCUUCCGGGAGAGAGGGAUAUCUAACGAGUUGACAAACAACUCUUUGGGAAUUCAGCUGGGAUGGUUCAAAGAUCUGUUGCCUUCUCUCUGCCCCAAUCCAUCAGGUUGUGGAGACAUUUUAAAAAGGUCGGUGGUUCUUGUGGGAGAGAUUGGAGGUAACGAUUACAAUCACCCUCUCUUACAACGAAGGAGCUUUGAAGAGGUCCAGACCUUCGUACCUCUGGUCAUCAAUGCCAUCGGAUCAGCCGUCGAUACGUUGAUCAAGUACGGGGCUAGGACGCUUGUGGUCCCUGGUAACUUACCCAUGGGCUGCUCGGCAGCAUGUCUAGCUGUAUCUGAGAGCAAAAGAAAGGAAGACUAUGACCCUCUUACCGGGUGUCUCACGUACUUGAACGAAUUCGCCGAGUAUCACAAUCGCCUAUUGCUUCAGGAGCUGGAUCGAUUGCGGGCACAACAUCCACACGCUACCAUCAUCUAUGCCGAUUAUUACAAUGCUGCGAUGCGCUUCUACCGCUCUCCAUACCAUUUUGGAUUCUACGACGGGGCUCUUACGGCAUGCUGUGGAGGGGGUGGGCCAUACAAUUUCAACAUGACCGCCAUGUGUGGCUUCCAUGGGGCUACGGUGUGCGACAACCCGUCAUCGCAUGUGGCCUGGGAUGGAAUUCACCUAACGGAAGCGGCACACAGAUUGAUCGCUGAUGGUUUGAUAAGAGGACCAUUUUUCAGUCCUUCCAUCACAACCCCAUGUCUGUCAUCAGGCGGCCGCGACCAUCCUUAUUACGGGUAACCUUUGAAGUCGGUGAAUGUAGACUGGAUGAUAAUUUUUCCUUGAAAUUGGAUGUUCUUGAGACAAAUCUGAGAACAAAACUAUUCUAGAAAAGUUCUCAUUUUUAUUUUUA